AUGGUGCCAACCACUAGGAGCCUGCCGCCGCACCAUGACUCCAGCGGCAAGAACAGCAAGCCGCUGUCGUACUACGACCCAGGAUACUACAUCGCCGCCCAGCUGGAGGCUGCGCAAGGCGCCGACAUCAAGCAGCAGCCGUCAAGGUUCCCUCGGCGGCUAGCCAUGGCCGAUGAGGACAACGCCGAGGCGGCCGGCACGAGCUCGCGGGGCGGCGGCAGCGGGGACGACGAGGACGCGGGCGGCGACAAGGACUGGCUCCAGCUGGGCCUCGGUGCCAUGGCAUCUUCCUCGUCCUCCUCCUCCGCCGGCGGCGACAACGACGCCGCCAAGUCUCUGGCGCCACCGGCUGCGCUGGACCUAUUCAGCAGCAGCAAGCAAAGCGCGAGCAGGAUGAGCCGGCCGUCGUUGUUCCCGCUGCCCAUUAGGAGCUACCCCUCCCAGUCCCAGUACGGCCACGACCGGUACCGGCCAACGACGGCGGCGAGCGGGUACAUGACCCCGGUGCCGCCGUUCUUGCCGUUUGCGCGGCCUCUGAGGAGCUGCUCCUCCGAUCUCUUGAUGCGAGUGGUCAGCCCGCCGCCGCCCAGAACGGAGGCCGCCGGCCUGUGGCUAACACUUCAGGCAGCUCCCAACCAAGUUAGAGAGCCCAUUUUGCCUCAGAUACCAAAGAGCUACUUAAGAAUCAGGGAUAGCAACAUGAAGGUGGAAGUGGUGCUAAAGUACUUGGCUGAUAAGCUAGGACUCACACAAUCUCAACAGUUGGAGCUGACAUGUAGAGGGCAUCUCCUUCCCCCGUUCCUGCUGAUGAAACACGUGAGAGACAGCAUCUGGUGCGGCUCACCGGCGGCAAUGGAGGACGAGGCCGCUCUCUCCGGGAUCCCACCUCGGCGCUCACCCGGAGAUGCAGUCACCACUACUGACCAUGUCAUGACACUCUUUUACAGCACAGCUAGGAAUCAUUAGCUAACUAGUCGAAUGAUUGAUCCAUCAAAUGCCCCUCUGAUUAAUUAAUUAAUUAAUCAACACCCGAUGAGUUCUUUGAUUUCUUCUUCUACUCCCUCUCCUCUCUGUCUCUGAUCUGGCUAUAACUGAAGCUUGAUUUUCCAAGAUUAAUCAGCCAACUAACCAUGAAUCAUACUCUCUUUUUUUCUGUUUUCUUUUGCUUUAAUUCCCUAUGCAUCUCUUCUGUG